GAGGAACAUGACUUGUUUGGUCAUCUUCCCCCACAAGGCGUUGUCUAGAAAAGCGUGCUCCCUUUCGUUGUGAACCUGAUCUCUCUUGUGCAGACUGAUCACGGGCGCCUCAAGCUGCCUUCUUUCAUGUGGUCCUUAUCCCCGUUUCCUGUGCAUAUACCCUGUUUGUCUUGAUAGUUGCAUGGUGGUUGGAUCACUUGACUGAGUUCACAGUAUGCAAGCCGCAGUAUGCGUCGCUGCAUCGUGAUUCGCACCACCCGCUUCAGCGAAUACGGGGGCUUGGAUGACAUAUUCUGUCUGUCGUGACGCCUAAACAACCGAAAGAUUUACCCUAUAAAAGCUCGUAGCUCUGGCGUAUAGAACAUCAGCUGCUCGCUUUGCCUAUCUGCUACUUGUUUACAUCUUUGAAAUGACGUGGCCACUUGCUUUGACCGUUCAACUACUUCUGGCUACCCUUGCUCUGGCUACCGUUAACGGACCAGUGAUUAACGCAAACUUUCCUGACCCUUCAAUACUCCAAGCUGCUGGUACUACGUACGCGUUUUCAACCAAUAGUGGAUCGAUCAACAUCCAGGUUGCGACCUCUCCCGAUGGUGGUAAUACAUGGACGUUGACGAACACCGAUGCUUUGCCCGAUGUUGGUUCGUGGGCUACAACAGGUAACACUUGGGCGCCCGACGUGAUAGACCGAGGGGACGGUACUUAUGUCAUGUACUACGCUGCUGAAAGCCCAAGCCAGGGUACCCACUGCGUUGGUGCUGCCACAUCCACCAACCCCGAAGGUCCCUACACGCCUCAAAGCCAACCUAUUGCCUGUCAGACUGCUGGUGGAGGCGCUAUUGAUCCUGCUGGUUUCCAGGAUACCGAUGGUACUUUAUACGUAGUCUACAAGGUUGAUGGCAACAAUUUGGGUGGGGGAGGAACUUGUGGGAACGGUAACGAAGCGUACUCUACGCCUAUCAUGCUUCAGCAACUCCUGUCCGACGGUGUCACUCCCACGGGAAACCCAGUCCAAAUACUCGACCGCGGUGUAGCCGAUGGUCCUCUUAUUGAGGCCCCUGCCUUGAUCCUUCACCAGGGAACAUACGUGCUUUUUUUCAGCAGCAACUGCUAUAACACAAACCUGUACGACAUCAGCUAUGCCACAGCCUCCUCAGUUUCUGGACCCUACACGAAAGCCUCUAGUCCAUUGCUCGUGACAGGCGACGAUGGUCUUACUUCUCCGGGAGGUGCAACCCCUCUACCGGACGGUUCCUUCAUGGUUUUCCAUGCUACUACUAAUUCAAACCCUCUUACGCGGCCAAUGUAUACGGCCACGAUGGACUGGAACGGGGUGACUGUUUCAGUAUAAUCUUGAGGUGCAAAAAUACGCGAGACGAGGUCGAUGCUGGAGAGGGAUAC